UCAUAAACAACUAACUUCAAAAUUUUUACAGUUUGUAAAUCUUUCGACAAGUGUAACACCUCUUACCUGUUCCGUUUAUCACGCUUUUUAUUUUUUCUUUCUGUUUCAGAAAUUGCAACAAGUCUGCUUUAUUUAUUUAUUUAUUUAUUUUUUUUUUGCAGUAAAUCCUGGUCUAACAUCUCGAACGGUAAAAGGUUUUGUUGGUGAAGCAGAUCCAACAAAUAUUACCGGAAUAAUGCGAAAUGCUGUCCGGCAAACUUAUCUGAUGUGGACAGAUGCUAGGAUACCGUAUACUAUAUCGUCACAAUAUUCAUCUUACAGCCGUUCUAAAAUUGCUGAAGCUAUUGAAGAAUAUCGGCGUUUAACAUGCAUUGAUUUCGCACCAAAAAGUGCUGCUGAUCAAGACUAUAUACAUAUUGUGCCAGACGAUGGCUGCUAUUCACUUGUUGGUCGGGUUGGUGGUAAACAGCCAGUAAGUUUGGGUGAUGGGUGCAUUCAAAAAGGUAUUAUAAUUCAUGAGUUGAUGCAUGCUGUCGGAUUUUUUCAUGAACAAAGUCGUGCUGAUCGAGAUGAUUACGUUACUAUCAAUUGGAGUAAUGUAGAAUCUGGCUUACAAGAUCAAUUUGAUAAGUAUUCAUUGAAUAUGAUCGAUCAUUUGGGCACUGAAUAUGAUUAUGGCUCAGUGAUGCAUUAUGCACCAACAGCCUUCUCUAAAAAUGGUAAACCAACAAUUGAGCCAAAGAAAAAAGGAAUUGAAAUUGGUCAACGAGUUGGAUUUUCGCAGAAUGAUCUCUUCAAAAUUAAUAAGCUUUAUAAAUGUCCUCAAGUUGAAUUUACCAAAAAAAUUUUAUUUUUCGUUUCACCUUUUGCAGCACCGCCAUCAGUCUGUAAAGAUAAACGACGAGACUGUGAAUUUUUGGCUCGAUCCGGGCACUGUGAAUCACGUUUCAGUGCCAAAUUUAUGGAGGAAAACUGCGCUAAAAGUUGCAACAAAUGUGAAACCAAAUGUGAGGAUACCCGAUCAUGGUGCCAACGAUGGGCGAAUUCUGGUAUGUGUACGCAGGCGAUUUUCAAAGAUUAUAUGAAAUCAAAAUGUGCAAAGAGUUGUCACUUUUGUUAG